AUGAUGAAGGCCGGAACAGACGGGAGGAAAGCAUCCAGACAGUACUCGAGAGAGCGGUUCACAAGCCUGAGCCUUAAGCUGCAAAAGGAUGGAUCGCUGCAGAUGACGAUUACACGCUCUUCUGCUUGUCCUGAUGUUCCAUUGCUUUGUAUUCUCCGCUUGCGGCCUGCAAUUGCACAAGUAAGAACAAUGUACUCUUUUGUCGGAGAGAGCAAAGCGCUCAAUUCAUAUUCUGAAGCAAUCCAGAACACACUGAAGCUUGGUUACAAAGCUGGGAUGGCCAAAGGUCUUGGAAUUGGAUGUACUUAUGGGAUAGCUUGCAUGUCAUGGGCACUGGUAUUUUGGUAUGCUGGGGUCUUCAUCAGGAAUGGGCAGACUGAUGGUGGAAAGGCUUUUACCGCGAUCUUUUUCUGCAAUUGUCGGUGGCAUGAGUCUUGUCAGGCUUUCUCAAACCUUGGAGCCUUCAGUAAGGGAAAGAUUGCUGGUUACAAACUGUUGGAGGUCAUUCACCAGAAACCCUCCAUAGUCAAUGAUCAUAAGGAUGGAAAAUGGUUGGCAGAGGUCCAUGGAAACAUAGAAUUCAAGGAAGUUACUUUCAGUUAUCCAUCAAGCCUUGAUGUUAUAAUCUUUCGGGAGUUCUCUCUUUUCUUCCCUGCUGGUAAAACAAUUGCAGUUGUUGGAGGGAGUGGGUCUGGAAAGAGCACUGUUGUGGCUUUGAUAAAAAGGUUCUAUGAUCCUAAUGAAGGCCAGGUUUUGCUAGACAAUGUUGACAUAAAGACACUCCAGCUGAGGUGGUUUAGAGAACAGAUUGGUUUGGUAAACCAAGAACCUGCUCUUUUUGCAACAACAAUCCUCGAGAAUAUACUGUAUGGAAAGCCAGAUGCAACUAUUGCAGAAGUUGAGGCUGCAGCGACUGCAUCCAGAUCCAAUGCACAUAGUUUCAUAUCUCUUCUUCCGAAUGGUUACAACACAAUGGCAGGUGAGAGAGGCAUCCAGCUCUCUGGUGGUCAGAAACAACGUAUAGCAAUAGCUCGUGCUAUGCUGAAAACCCCAAAGAUCCUGCUCCUGGAUGAGGCUACCAGUGCAUUAGAUUCAGACUCGGAAAGCAUUGUGCAAGAAGCUUUAGACCGUUUGAUGGUUGGGAGGAUGACUGUAAUUGUUGCCCACCGUCUGUCGACGAUAAGAAACGUGAACAUGAUCGCUGUGAUCCAACAAGGCCAAGUUGUUGAGACUAGGAAAAUAAAAUGUUUGCAUGUCAUAUUUACUUGA